GUGUUCGACUUUCGAUCUAUAAUGUUGCGUUUGAGAUCGCUCCUGCUGGGCCUCGCCCUUGUCCUGAUCCUGGGAUCCGUCUCCGCCGAGGUGAUCGACUUCCAAACGUGUCCGGACAGCGUGGACACCUGCACGAUCCAGCAGGUGAGGGUUACCCCUUGUCCGGAGGCUUUGCAACAUGCAGCCUGCAACAUCCGCCGGAGGCGCACCACCCAGAUGAGCUUCGAUUUCACUCCUCAUUUCGACGCUGACCGAUUGGAGACCAGUUUGGGAUGGGCCAAAUCUGAUACGGAGGAACUGCCGCUGCUGACGAUGGAUCGAGACACCUGCAAGUACACCACCUGCCCCGUGAGAUCCGGUGUGACCCAGACCUACACCACCGAUGUGCCCAUCGAGCCCAAGUUUCCACUGAGCCCGUACACCAUCCGUUGGGGCAUCAAGGAUCCCGUCAGUGGAAAGCGAUGCUGCUUCACCCAUGACAUUAAGGUGGUGCGGUAAAAGGACUCUGAAAUAAUAAAUCGUAGACAAAAAUUGGUCUACUAUCUACUGAUUAUACUGAUUUCUUUCUUAAUUUUGAUACAGUAAAAAUAAAAUUAAAUUUCUUACAUAAA